AUGGGUAGAGGCAUGCUUGAAGGUUCAGAAUAUGGACCUACUAAGGCCCACUAUGUUGCAGAGUCCUGGGCAAAGGCCAUUGAAUGGCUUGUAGAUAGAGCUGAUUGGUCCAUUAGGACGUAUAAGGAGAAUGCUUACUUGCAAAAUUCAAAACAGUUUCCUGGAGACUCUAUUGACGUGAUUGAGAGCUAUAAAAGCUGGUCAAGGCCGUGGUUUGCCAUACCAAUUGCACCCUUUUUGAUGCUUUUCUUGGUGUUGAUUGUGCACCAUGCAUCUGAUGAAUACGGGUUACUUUUUCUUCCCGUAUUGUUCCCGAUUACUUUGCAGGUUUUGAUGAUAUUGCUUACACUUUUCGGUUGCAAGAAAGCUUCGGCGGGAGUUUUGGAAGUGUCCAGCGGCGGGUUGCCUUAUCUGAUGGCAGUGAGUAUCGUGAUGGAGCUUAUUGCUGCUGGUAUUAGGCAUUGGGAGUUGCAGGAGAAGAUGAGGAGGAACAGAAGGGAGUGA